AUGUCGAGAGUUUGCUCCUCCUUAACUGUGCGUGACUAUCCAGCCAAAGCAAUGAUAUUUUUAAAUUCUGAAAAUGCACAUAUUUCAAGUGGUUAUAUCAGCAUUAAAGAUCUGAAAGCAUUCAAGGCAUUAAAUAUAGAGAGGGAGUUGCCCCCAAAUUAUAGCCAUGAGGAGAUUGUGGCGAAUAUUAAUAAGUUAAAAUACAAGCUCGAGCAUCCCGGAUCGAAAAUUGAUGUGAAUCUUUACGGUUCGCUUAGGCAAGCUCUCGAAAAUAUAAAUCCGUCAGAACUUACGUGGCGAGAUCCCGAAGCGAAUAUGUCAUGCGCUAUCACGAAUCUGUUUCUCGUCUUCUUCCAUCACCCUCGGCAACUCACGGAAUUCAGAAUAAUACAAGAACAGCCGGAGCUUGAUGGACAACAAGCCAAAAAGCGGACUCAACGAGAGGACCAGACACGAACACAAAAUUAUAUUCAGGAAGAAGCGCCGACUGGUGAAGAUCCGGCAGUGUUUAUAAGAGAUUUACGACAAUGGUGUGAGGCUUCUCCCAAUCACAAUCCAAAUGCAGGGCAUCAAAAAAUCGAAUUCGCAUUGAUGGACUAUUUGAAUGAUAAUACGGGUCUUGCGAAUCUUGGCGCUAUCAAUGGAUUGGCUAACAAUAAUGCAUUGCGUGCUAUUAAUGCCAAUCAGUUUAGAGGCGGAAACUCUUCUAUAAGAAAUACUGUCCCGGCCAACAAUAAUGCAAUUGCCAAGACGAACUAG